CUUUCUUUUUCAGUAUCAUUUGGUUUCCGGUAUCUACUUUACGCCACUAUGAUGACAGCAUCCACAUUGCGACAGAUUGUGUCAAGAUCCUUGAAUAGUUUAUUAGUGAAAUCUGGAUUGGAAUGUAGGAAAGUUUUAACGGAAUCUCGUACAAUAUCAUUUCCAAUCUUAACUUGUAAAAUGUCGUCUGUUUAUGUAAAAAACGUUGAAAAUGAAGACCGUUUGCACAUUUCCUUGGAGUUGCCUAACUCGAAGGGAACUCUAAAAUCAUUUAAUUUAAACCGUUUGAAGAGCGAACCGUUAGGCGUUACAAUGGAAAGAUUACGACUCAGCUUGGCAAAGAAGUUGGCAAAGAAACCAAAACAGAAAAAUAAAAAAGGUAACGUGGAAGGCGAGACAUCAGCAUGUAAUAAAGCCGAAGCUGUUCAAGUGCCUGAGGUUGAAGCAGAGCCAGAAAUGAGUAUAGAAGUAAUCCAUAAUGGUCAAGUACUAGAUACAUCUAUUUCCAAUCAAGAAGCCUGGGUUAAAGGAGCAGUUUUGAAAGUAGGAGAACUAGAGAUGCCAAUUUGUUUUAAUCCUCCUUCUGUUAAGUUACAGAGCUUGCCUUCUAUCAUUCUUGAAGGGUUUCCAUUGUUUCCUGUUGCUGAGGUUGAGUUUGCUGACCCAAAGAGCUGUGAGUUCUUCUGGAAAACAUUAGAACAAAAAGAUUUGCAUAAAAUAAGACAAGGGCUAGUCAAUGACAAGGUUGAUUUAUCUUGUGCAACUAUGGCACAAAGUUUUAUUCCUAGCUCUAAUGAUGUCGGAAAAUUAGUCAUGCUUGUUUCCAUACCCAAGGAUGGAGAAAAAGCAUACAAAAUGGAGGCUGUAAUUUCACCAAAUCCAGUUAUAUCAAGCCCUGGUUUAUGUCCAUUUGAAAAACGCCAUGACUUUACAAUGCAACGAACAUCAGCUGGAAGGCAAGUAGGCCUAUAUGUUUUUCAUAUUAUUUGAAUACUGAUGCUUUAACUUAAAAAUUUUAUGCCUAGUUAUAAUUUUGCCUAUAAAAAAAAUUAUUGGAUUAGAUUAUUUUUAUAAUUGAUUAUUAACAUUAAGAUAUUUUAUUGAGUUAAAAAUUUUUUUGGAUGAAAAAACACUUCAACAUAGAUAAAUGUAAAUUGAAAUAAAUUUAAUUCAAAUGUUUAGGCCUAAAUAAGGUGACAAUUGUUACUGUUUUUAUCAGUACAAAACUGUUUUUUUUUUGACAUAGGUUCUGGUUAGUCAUGAGUGAUUAUCAUUACAUUUUAAGACUAUAAAAUAAAAAAUUAAUUUAUUAAUCAAAGGAUCGAGUUUCAAAAGAACACCCCACAGACAGAAGAGUUCAUCAUGUAACCACAAAUAGUUUAUUUUUGGUCACACGUGUUAGCAAUAUAUACAGUCUCUAUGUUCAAUAGUCUACCAUGUGUCAUAUUAAUUUGUUCAUGUCUGAUGUUACAAUUCUAAAUGAGAUUUUAAAGUCAUUUCUUUCCAUUGCUUUUCACAGCUUUAGGGUACUCACUUAUAAUAUACUGGCACAAAUUUAUGCAGACACUGAUUUAGCAAGACAAGAGUUGUUCAACUAUUGUCCUUCUCAUGCUCUAGAUAUGGAUUAUAGGAAACACCUUUUGCUGAAAGAAAUAAUUGGUAAAAAUUUUGCAUCUUAAUUAUUCCAUCUUAAUUAAUCACUUGUUAUUGAAGAAAGCAUUGACAUUAAAAUUUAGAUUAACUGGUUAACUACCAUAAGCCGCUGGGAGCGGCAGGUCGUUUCUUUUGUUAUGACCACGAGCAACUGGUAGCGCCAACAUUUGUAUCGUAGUCAACGUGACCUAGAUUUAAUUCAGCCACAGCCGGAUUUUCAAUCUGGUAGCUAAUCAGUUAAAUACAUAUCAUCUUUAUUUGAUUUUUUACUCUCUUUAUUAGGAUACCAGGCUGAUCUGCUGUGCUUACAAGAAGUUGACGCAUCUAUUUUCUCAAAUCAACUGACUCCUGCCUUCAGAUCACUUGGAUAUAUUUGUCUUUUCAGGCCAAAAGCAGGUCAAGUCUCUGAAGGUUGUGCUAAUUUUGUCAGAGAAGAUAAAUUUCAGUAAGUUGUGAUGAAUGCUUUUAUUUUCCGAAGUUUGAAUAAAAAGUGUCAGUUAUCCUAAAAAUAAUAAUGCGAAAUUACAACAUCAUUAAGAAGUAUUAUCAAAUUUAUAAUUUUAUAAACACAUUAAAAAGUGUAAUUACAAACUAACAAACAACCAACCUAUAGAAAGCAAUUAAAUUAGCAAAGGGCAAUGGAUUACAUAUUAACUGUGUUAUAUACAAUUUUAUUUUUCGCUCCUCUGUUCAUUGUAGAAAAUGUUAAUUAAAUUAUUUUGUGCGAAACAUUUUAGAAACCAAAAGCAGGAAAUCAUGCACUUCAAAAUGUUCAGUUUAAGUGUAAACAUCUUUCUAGGAAUAUUAAUGAUUCAUAAUUAUUUUAAAAUCUUAUUUGAUAUUUAAAUGAUAUAUAGGCCUAUAUUGUUCACUCCAAUAAUGGCUGGGUCAGAAAAAUGUGUUUAGGGAUAUUUUUCAUGUAAAGAAAACAAAAUGUGCUCCCAUUAAAAUUUAAUGUUAUUAGUCAGAUAUUGUUCACACAAUAUAAUAUAGUUAAAAUGAGGUUUUCCUCUGCUUAAAAACUAAUGUUUGUUAUUGAUAGCCUGUAGAAUAUCAUGGAAUUAUCAGGUCCCAAAAACAUUACAUUAAAAAUUAUAUCUUUGAAAACUACAAUUUUUUUGACAUACAUGGACAUGUAUUUCGCAGUUUAUUUUUACUUUUCACCCUGUAUCAUCAGUGUUGUAAAUGAGAUGGAUAUCAGCCUUUCUGAGUACUUAUCAACUGAUCAAAGUUGUGCAGAUAUCUGGAUGGAAGUUUGCAAAGUUCAGCCUUUGAAAGAGAAAAUUGAACAAAGGUCAUCGGUGUUGCAGGUUUGUUGCAGUUUUGGUUGAAAAUUGAGAAGAAAUAAAAUUCAUUGCUCCCAAAGAUACAAUAUACACAAAUAAUACUUCGCAAGGCAAAAAAGAAAUGUCCUUAAUUCUUAUGCAGGUUGGGGUAAUUUAGACAGCAACAAACCCAUCUGUGAUACCUAAUGUUUUAUUUUCACUGCAGCAGGUUAAAAGCAAACUAAUAUGAAAGUUAUUGUUAUAAUUUGAAAUAUGUCUACGGGAAAAAACAGUAAUUUUUGUCAAGAUUAAUAUUAUUAAAAAUGUUAAGCUGAAUUCAUUGAAAUACAUUGAUGUUUUCAAAUGUAAUGCUCAUCACACAAAAAUAUAAUAAGAUAGUUGGAACUGCUAUGAAACUUUUAGGUUUAUAAGAUUAUGUUUUCUCUUAAUCUGUAGGUCACUGUUGUGGAGAGUUCUGAAAUUUCUGGGAAGUAUGUAUGCUUGGCCAACACUCAUUUAUAUUUUCAUCCAACUGCCUGCAACAUUAGGUUAAUUCACACUGCUGUUGCACUGCGGUAUCUACAGAGCAUUCGAGAGGCUUACUUGAUUGAAGUGAGUAAAGAAAUGAUGAAGAAAAAAAAAGUGGGAUUUUCCUCUUCUUUAUUUGUCCUCACUCUUUAUAAAAUUUAGUUGAAUCAUUUUAUUUAAUAUAUAUCAAUUGAGUGAUCACAUUCAGCUAUCUAUGUUGUACGGAGUGCUACAUAGCUGAACUUUGGUCUCCAUUAAUGAAACCUUUGAAGUUUUCAAAAUUUGAUUGAUCAUCAAUGUAUUAAUUCUUAAUUAUAUGCAGUGAAAUUUUCAAAUGUUAAACAGAAAUCAAGAUGUACCGAGGAAUUACAAAUUGAAAUCACCCACCAAAGUACCUCUCAAAUUCAUGUGGUUCAUAACUUAAGCCAAAACUAUCUAAAUUUGACCCAGCAUUUUUUAUUGGCUAGUAAACAAAGUCAAUCGCUGUUAAGGUGAAAGUUGAUAGCCGAUAAGAUGAAGGUUUGAUUGCUGAUAAGGUGGAGGUUUGGAGUUUUAUCCCGACACUGUCAAAUUUGGAAAUCCCAAUCAAGACCUAAUUAUCUUUAUCUCAAAACACUAAAAAAAAUUUUUAUGUAAAAAUAAAAAUUGUUUUUAUUCCGAUGAACUUCAAUUUUGAAUUGAAUGGAGUUGUAUUAAGGAAUAAAAUAAAAAAAAAAAAAACCCAGCAAAACAAUUCUGUGGUAGCUUCAAUAUUCUGGAUCAUCAUAGCACAACAGUAAGUAACACAUUAAGUACAUCCACUUGACUAGUUGUUCUCAAAUAGUCUGUCAAGAGAGGUUCAAAUAUAUGACACAAUAUAGUGAUAUAAAGGGAUUAACAAUUUAAUUCAGUUCCUUUAUAUUAUUUUUUUUGUUGGAUGUUGUUGCUUUUUUUCUCGCAAAAUUAGGGGGACCCAAAAAAUGAUGAAGCUAAACUGCAAUAACAAUAAUUGUAUUUGAUGCUACUCAUUACCAAAAAAAAAGUCUAUUCAAAAGGAGAGAAAAAUUGAAAGAUGUGUUGUAGAAAUUAAGUGGAUAAAACAGAUUGGGGCAAAAAUGUGUUGUUAAGUGCUCCAAUCUUCUCUAAUAAAGGAAUUAUUAUGUUCUUUGCAUGGCUGUUAGUAAAAAAAAAGGUAACCAUUUCAGGGCAAAGAGAUUUCUUUGGUGUUCUGUGGUGACUUCAACAGCGCCCCUCACCUAGGAGUGUUCCAGCUGAUGACAGCCCAGAUGAUUCCCACUGACCAUGCUGACUGGAUUUCGGGUAUGUAAAGGAAGAUCAUUUUUAGGGUUUAAACAAAUUUUAAAAAAAUAUAUAUUAGAACCCAUUGGUGUUAAAUUAUUAAAACCAAUAUUUCGACUUUCAUAACUUCAAAUUAUUAUUAUUCGUUUUUUUUAGUUUAAAUUUCUUAGGAAAUUUCUCUCUGUUUUUCCCCUAGGUGUAUUGGUAUAGACGGUGCCUUUUAUUUUUAGCAUUACCAAACACAUUUUUGAAUGCAUAUUUUCUUUAUUGAUGUCCUUUUAGAGUUUCUACCCCUGGUUUUAUAGAUUUUUAAAAAAAUAUUUUGUUUUGCUCAUUGUCUUAUGUAAUUUGUUUAAAUUUAAAUAGCAGAAAAUAUUUAGGAUAUUUAAUUGCAUUUACAGUUUCUUUUUGUAAUCUUCCUUUAUAUGUCAGGCACAACUUUAAUGGCAUCCAGUUUGAGUGGGUAUUAAAGAGUUUUUUUUACUAGAUGUUGAGAAGGGCUUGUAAAAAAACUACACAGACUUUAGGAAAAGAUGAAUUAAUGUCUAGAGCAGAAACACUGUGUUGCAUUUCUCUGUUAAUUCCAAACUGCAACAGCUAGAUAUCAUUGUUUGACAUCAUAUGGAAUAUUCAGAGCUGAUAAUUUGGAGUGGAAUAGAAACCGUGUCCGAAUUCCCAGUCCAAAACUUACAUAUACACCGCAGCAACUUAAAACGCCUAGGAAAAUGUUUUUUAAAUAUUUUUUGAGGUUCUUUAUAUAUCCUUUUUUUUUUUUUGUUACAAAUUGCUGACUCUUGCCCAACAUAAUAAAUUCUGACGCCUUUUUUUUUAAAUUUUUUUUUGUGUUUUUUAUAUCUCCUUUUUUUUUUUUUUUGUUACAAAUUGCUGACUCUUGCCCAACAUAAUAAAUUCUGACGCCUUUGUUGCUGCACUAAUGGUAAAAGAGCUGACAGAUCCUUACCAAAUUAUUUUGAACUUUAUAGGAAAAAAAAAGCUGAUAUUGAAUUGUGUCUUUAAAAUUUCAAAUUUAAAAGUGUAUUUGAUUUGGUAUUUAAAAAAAUAGAGUUUUAAACUUUAAAAAAGUAUUUAAAACCAAUUGUGAUAUUUGAAAAAUUAAUGAAUUUUAACUCAUUUUUCAGCUGGAAAAGAGGAAGCCUUCACAUCACUAGAACUCUACCAGCCAAUCAACAUGGAGAGUGCCUGUGGGAGACCUGCCUACACCAACUUCACACAAGGUUUUCAAGAGACACUGGACUAUAUAUUCAUUGACUCUGACAAGCUCGAGGUGACCAGUGUUGUACCCAUGCCCAGCGAGGAGGAAGUGAGGGCUCAUGUUGCGCUGCCCAGCAUAGUUUUUCCCUCUGAUCAUAUAGCCCAGAUAUGUGACCUCAAGUUUCGAUAGAAUAGUCAGUUCAGUUUUAUUAGUUUUAUGUAAUGCACUUUAGAUAACAAAAUUCUUGGUGUCAUUUUGAAAUUUAAUAACAGAAUGUUGAUGUCAUAUUUUAAUGUUUUUUUCUGGAAAUAUGAUUGUUAUGCCUUAACAAAUUGUUUGAAGGGAGUAUAAACUGACAAAUUUUGUCCAAGCAAAGUUGACUGCUCCAUCUGUCUUUGAUGGCUCAGGUUUUUAUUUGCACUAAGUUUUUCUUAAAAUGUCUAACUUUUUUUUUUUGGUCUGACAAGUCCAUUGCAUCCGACUACUCAUCCACAGACCUAGCUAGACUUCCCCUGCAUAACUAAGGCUAGUGUUCUACCUUGUACCAAUGAGCUCCCUAAUAUGAUCCUGUUGAGCCAAAAACAAAAUUCCCUAAGGACUGAUUACAGUGUUAGAACUUAUGAAUAAUUUUAUAUGGUGAAAAGAUGACAUUUGAUCUGAUAACUUAUUUGCUUAGGUAUGAAAAAUGUGUGAACAACUAAUGCUAAUACCAAUUUUAAAGUCACCGUCAUAAAUCAAAUCCACAUUUUUUUCUGUUCCCCUUUAGUCUACAAUUUAUUUCUUUUCGAACUCAGCAUAAAUUGUAAUCUUUGUCUGCAUUUUUUGUUAUUUUAUAGAACACAUUUGUGAGAGCUUUUACAUCUUAA